UUAUCGCUAUCCGCCGCGCCGGCACAGGUCUCAGUCGCGUUAUUGAUACCGAUGUGAUAGUGCUGCGAGAGUGUAGGUAGUGUGAUAAGGCGUGCUUCUCAGUGCGAGAUUGUGAGCUGGUGGUGCUCCUCGAGUGUAUACAACUAGCUACUUGUUUUCUGAUACGAAAAAACAUAUCAAGUUGUUAAAUAAACAUAGUAAUAUGAAUGACCAAAGUUAAGUUACACAGUCUGAGAACACUAGAACUGUAUUAAAAUACUGGCACAGUGCCAUAAAGGUGAAAAUUGUGGUGAUGUGUGAGAUUAGAGACAUGGUGUGUGGGGUUGGUGAGAUAUGUUGGUAAGCCUGAUGGCUCUGUUACUGUCAGUGUGGGGCGGCCUGUGCCUGUGUUACGGGUUUGUGUUGUUGUCCUCAACAGCUGCUGCUGGAGGCCCCCGCUUGUUUGAGCCACCCUCUGCAUGUCUCUACAGCUACCACGCUACCCUACUGCUCAAUGAAGCUGCUCCAGGCCGAGGCAAGGACGUAGGAUUCCAGGUGACAGCCAGCCUCUCUGUUGAGACCGUGUGGCAGAGCGCCUCGUCACCUCUGAACAAGCUGCUAAAGCUCAAGAUAGUCAAUCCAAAACUAUCAAUAAAAUCUAGAAAAGCUCCAGCUCCAGAAGGUUUUAUAACACACACUUCUAAACUAGAGGAGUUGAAGAAUGGAGAUUUUCUACUGCACUGGAACAACGGCCAUGUUAAAUCUGUUUAUAUCAACCAAAAUGAAGAUAUUUCUAUAAUUAACUUGAAAAAAGGAAUUGCAAGUUUAUUUCAGUUCCAGUUGACCACCCAAGAAGUGAAGGAGACAGAUGCGUCAGGUGAAUGUGAAGUGGUCUACACCAGCCUUGACAGGAAUAUGGUUGAGAAGAUUAAAUCCAACUGUCACUCACAACCAGAGUUACCCUACAUCUUACAUCCUCAACAGUUAUGGAGUGCUACUGUUUCCUCCAAAAGAAGAAGUGUAAUUGUCCUCUCACCAGAUUUGGCCGCUAUAGACACCAUAGACUCUGAGGAGAAACACCAGCUAUCCAUACCUCUGCGAGAGGAGGCAGGAGGUGCUAUCCUCUCCCAACAAGGAAUAAAGCUUCAAGAAAAAUCUUCUGGAGCUGCACUGAUUGAGGAAAACACAAUAGAUGCUGCGAUAAAAACCAUGGAAAAAUCUACUGGCCAGUUCUUUGUGAAAUACUCAUUGUCUCUAACCAAAGAAAGUAAUACAUGUGCAGAUGGAACAUGCCCAUCAUUCUAUUCUUUAGUAAAGGAAAAUAGAGAUGCACUAAAGACUGAAAAUCUUGGAACCAUUCGAUCUGCUUCAGCAUUUGUCAAACUACUGAAAGCUGCUCGGGAAGCCAAAAAAGAAGAUUUAGUUAAAACCCUAAAAAAUACCAAAAAUAAAAAAAUCUUGUUCCAACUGAUGGAUUUAAUGGGGGCAGCUCAGACUAUUGGUGCCCAUGAAGCUGCUCUUAAAGUCCUCAAUUUUAAGUCUGAAGAAUCUUUGGACCUGAAUGAACGCUAUUUGUGGUCUUUGUCUUUGGGUUCGCACCCAGUUAGUGAUGUUGUCAAAGAUUUAGUACGACUUAUGGAAGCUGGACCAUACAAUGAAAAGCUUGAUGAAACACUUGUAUUGACUAUUGCUGCAACAACAAAUAAUUUGAAAAAACACAACGGUACAUCAAAUGAAAAGAUUGUGAGGGAUGUGCUUCAAAUGCUGGAGAAUAAAGUCAAAGCCUGCUCCUCCGACGACAGUUGCCUUUUGAAAUACAUGAGAGCUUUCAAGAAUUUAGCUGCAGAAGAGUCAAUUCCAACACUAAUCACUUAUGCUAAAACUGGAAGCAAAAGAGUGAGUGUAGCUGCCUUUAAUGCAAUUCAUUCUUUUCCUGCGAGUUUCUGGUCUCCUGAUGUAAUUAAAGCAGCAAAAAGAGCUUAUUUCCAAUUAGACAAACGUUACGACAGCAGUGCUCGUACAUUAGCAUUAGAUAUUCUACUAGAAAAUGGGCCUGAUGAAGAACUUCUGUCAGAACUUUUGCUUUCACUAAAAAGCCAAGAUCCUGCUUAUGAAGUGAAACAAUACCUUGUGCAAAGGUUAAACCAAAUUGGUGAAAGUGAUAAGAAAUUGAUAUCUUCAGUGAAAGGACUGCUAAUAUCUUUAAAUCUCAAAAACUACAAUAUACUGAGUCAAAAAGGCCUGUCGACAGCAUUCACUCGCAGUUUCAUGGAUCACCCGAGUGCUAACGGAACUUUGUCGACAAUCCAGGAGAUGUCAGGAGGAAUAGUGAAGCGAGGUCUGGUAGAUGUCAUCAUUGAUAGACAGGGCUCAUCCAGGCAGAGCAUUUUUACUUUAGGGCUCUUUGCUGGAGGACUAGGCUCAUUUCUGUCAUCUGAUGAAACUAACCCUGAGGAAGAAGAAGAAGAGGAGACAGCUGUAGCUGGCAUGGAUCUGACUGUUAUGGGAGUUCAAGUUCGGCCCUUUGUGUUUUUCACGGGACAAGGAGAACUGAUGGGGCAUGUUUGGUCUGGUACAGCUUCAGACAUUACCUCAGCUUUUCAGGCUUUGGCUCUUCUGCAAGACCACCUGCAAUACAUUCCUUUAGAAGCUGGAUUUAUUGCUGAAGUAAGUCUUCAAGGAGGAAUAUCAUUCGAUCUUUCUGGCAAGAUCUCCCUCAGCAUUUGGAACAGAAAUGCAGAAUCUUUGGUAGAGAAAAGUGCUGGAUUAUCCGUGGUGGGCCUGAUGAGAGUGAACAGCAUGUUUGUGCACAGCCAAGUACAGUUCAACAUAGCAACGGAAGUAAAGCUACGACUUGUGUCCAACAUUGACUUCUACAGCAGUAUUGCUCUUUGUCUCCAGUUGCAGCAGCCUGACUCAGUUAUAAAACACAAUGUACAUAAAGUUGAAAGAAUCCCUGGAAGCAAACAUCGUCUCCGCAAAUCAAAAUAUAAAGUUAUACCAGUUUCUGGACGAACAUAUGCUUUGAAUCAAAAGAACAAUGAACUAUGUAACGUUAUUUUUGCAGAGUAAUAAGUUCUUUCCGUACCAAAAUGAGCUUAAUGUUCAUGCUACUCUUGCUGGCUGUGAUUAUUAACUUAUGGAUAGUGUAUUUAUUCUCUUGUCAGUAACAUUUUCAUUUAUGUACAAAACAGAUGCCAUCUUUUUUUAAUUCUA